UUUUUAGAUAUUUACGCCAUAUAGCUGAUUUGAUGUCAUUGCCCACAUCUUUGUUAUGUUGUGAUCUUCAAAUUUGUUGAAAUACAGAUACUGAAGCUUAAAGAAGGUUUUAAUAAAGAUCAAGUAUGCUUGCUAGUGUUGCUGUAUUAUUUUGUCGCAUGCAGACUCCUCCAUCACCUAGAGAACUUAACAAGGCAACUUAUUCAAUAUAUUCAUGCUCCUAUUGUAAUUAUUCUACACCAUAUCCAACAACAUUGAAAAAUCAUUUAAGGAAACAUACAGGAGAGAGACCAUUCGUGUGUAAAGUUUGUGGAAAGUCUUUUACUCGGAAUUUCAUUCUGAAAGAACAUAUGAUUACUCAUUCUUCCCCUAAACCCUGUAACAUCUGCAACAAAUCUUUUCUUUCACUCUCAAGUCUUGCAAAACAUAUGAAAUCGAAAGUUAGCAACUGUGAGCCAUUAUAGGCCAACAAAGUGUGCAUAUAAAGGAGGAAAAAGGUCUACCAUUCAUUCAUGCAAUAUCUGCAAUUAUGUGACAUGUCAAAAAACUGAUCUUACAAGACACAUAAGGAAACAUACUGGAGAAAAACCUUUCAUAUGUAGUAUAUGUGGCAAAGGCUUUUCUCGAAAGCAUAACUUAUUGUAUCAUGCAACAUC